GACACAGUGUCCAAAAUGGCUGCGCCCAGACCUGCGAGUCGUGUAUUCACGUUCCGGGAUGCCAGGGCGGUCCCGGACCCGGUGCAUCAGCCGGUGCUGGACGGACCGGCCGUGCUCGUGUUGGAUAAUGGCUCCUUCCAGCUCCGGGCGGGAUGGGCUGGAGCGGGGCCCCACAUGCAGCUACGCUCGGUGGUGGCCCGGAGCCGAGGGGGGCCCCGGAGCCUGAGCCGUGUGGGGAACGACAUCCCGAGCCUGGAGCCGCUGAGGUGGCUGCUCCGGACCCCGUUCGAUAAGAACCUGCCGGUGAAUCUAGAGCUGCAGGAGCUGCUGUGUGAUCACGUGUUCCAGAGGCUGGGAGUGACGUCAGAGGGCUGCGUUGAUCACCCCAUCGUGUUCACGGAAGCGCCGUGCACCCCGCUUCAUGUCCGGCAGAUGGUGUCGGAGCUCCUCUUCGAAUGUUACCGGGUUCCUAAAGUGUCGUUUGGCGUUGAUGGACUGUACAGCUUCUAUCACAACAAAAAGGAGGCAUUGCCCGCCAGCGCCAUCGUCGUGGCCUCCGGGUACCACUGCACUCAUAUCCUUCCUGUCCUGAAUGGCAGGUUGGACGGUAAGAACUGCAGACGUAUAAACAUUGGGGGCUUCCAGGCUGUGACCUAUCUCCAUCGGCUGCUGCAGCUGAAGUAUCCAGGACACCUCUCCGCUAUCACGUUAAGCCGCAUGGAGGAGAUUCUACACGAGCAUUGUUAUGUGCCAGACGACUAUAUGGAAGAGCUUAAGAAGUGGCGCUGUCCGGAUUACUACGAGGAGAACGUCCACAAGAUGCAGCUGCCCUUUUCUUCCAAGCUCCUGAGCAGCGCUGUACCUUCAGAAGAGAAGCAGGAGCGCAGGCAGCAGCAGCUAAGACGUCUGCAAGAACUGAAUGCAAGACGCAGGGAGGAGAAACUACAGCAAGACCAGGAGCGGCUGGACAGACUUCUGUAUGUACAGGAACUUUUGGAGGAUGGGCAAGUGGAGCAGUUCCAUAAAGCAUUGAUGGAGCUGAACAUGGACUCUGCAGAGGAGCUACAGUCUUACAUUCACAAACUCAGCAUGGCCGUCGAGCAGGGCCGGCAACGCGUACUGGGAGAUUCCAUAGACGGCAAACCACAGACACCAGAAACUGUGGGGGGAGAAACAGAAGAAAUGGAGGGGAUUUCAGAACUGGAAACAAUGGACUCUGAGGAACAGAUUGAACCUGAGAAGACAACACCGAAUGUCCAGCCCAUGUUUAACAUUGCAGAAUAUCAUCAGAUGUAUUUGGGCACGGAGAGGAUACGGGUCCCUGAAGUGUUAUUUCAGCCUUCACUGAUCGGAGAAGACCAGGCCGGACUGGCAGAGACGAUGCAGUAUAUGCUUGACCGCUAUCCAGGAGAAGUGCAGCAGGAGCUGGUGCAGAAUGUCUUCCUGACGGGGGGCAACGUCAUGUAUCCAGGAAUAAAGGCCCGGAUGGAGACGGAGCUUCUGCAGAUGAGACCUUUUGGUUCCACUUUCCAUGUGUCUUUGGCCUCUCAUCCUGUCCUGGAUGCCUGGCACGGUGCUUCUGAAUGGGCCCUCCGGAAUCUGGAAACAGACGAGAGUUGGAUAAGCCGUAAAGAAUAUGAAGAGAUGGGAGGAGAGUACCUAAAAGAGCAUGCGGCGUCCAACCGCUACACCGCCAUUCGACUGCCCAAACCUGCCCCUCGUAGUGCGGCACCAGCCAAUAGCCAGGAGGGAGAGAGUGUACCACAGAGUAAUGCAGGCCCCUCCCCGUCAUAAGGCCGCAAUGCUGUAUGCUUAUUGUACGUUACGCUAUAGAGCAGUGGUCUCCAACCGGUGGACAUCCAGAUAUUGCAAAACUACAACUCCCAGCAUGCCCGGACAGCAUGCUGGGAGUUGUAGUUUUGCAACAUCUGGAGGUCCGCAGGUUGGAGACCACUGCUAUAGAGACUCUGGAAGCAGAUUAAAAAGUGCUCUUCUGUGUCCUCUAUGUCAAGAGAGGCUGGACGGCAGGAUCCAGGAGACAAGUGGCAGCAGCCUUGUAGCUUCCUUAUGGAACGUUACAGGAAGGCCAUGUAGAUAUUGGACAAUUCCCUAAUUUUCUAUUCAUAUUUAUUUUAUUUUUGUAAUAAAACCAAAACACAUCUGGAUAAAUCUCAUAAUGUCUGUACAGAGUUAUUAUUUGUAUAUAUUUAAA